AUGAAAUUUGGUAAACUGCUUCAAACUGAAUCAGUACCCGAGUGGAGAAAAAAUAUUUAUGACUCACCAAACACUUAUGAACAUUCUGAUAGUCUUCAAACUUUUCCUUUCUCACCCAUUAAAGAGGAAGACAAGAUUAAUGAAAAUUCAAAUGUUGAAAUUACUAAACCUAAUCUUUCUGACCCUACGAUUAAAAGUCAAUUAGAACCUGAGGAAAUAGCAUUUUUCGAGGCUUUAGACAUAGAAUUAAAAAAAAUUACCGAAUUUUAUGAAGAAAAGGAAUUAAAUGCAAAAGAACAUUUCAAACAAAUAAAUCAAGCAUAUGAAGACUUAAAAGCUUUGAAAAAUGUCAAGCAAUCAAACUCGCCUCGUAGCGAUUGGACUUCCAAGCUAUUUAAAGAACGUGAUAAUAAUAAUAGCCCUGUUCCAUCCACAAAUGAAUUUCCAGUUGCAUUUGAUUAUAAAGACGCGAGGAAAAGAAUGAAAAAGGCUAUUUGUGAAUUUUACCGAGGCGCAGAAAUGCUAAAGAAUUAUCGAAAUAUUAAUUAUGCGGGGUUUAAAAAAAUCCUUGAAAAAUUUGAUAUGAUUACGAAGCUAAAUGGAAGUGAAAUUUAUAUGCAAAAAAUUGAAAAAAGUGGUUUUGUAAAAAGUAAACCACUAAAUGUAUUAAUGAGAGACACUGAGUAUAUUUAUACUAAACUUUUUGGCGGUAACUCUCGAUCACACGCAAUAAAAAAACUUAGAACCCCUAAUAGAAAGCACAAGACUUAUUACCUUCCUACAAUACGAUCAGGAAUAUAUAUUGGUUUAGCAACUCUUUCCUUAUACAAUACCUUAAAACACGUAAAUGAAUCUGAAGAAGGAAUUCAACAAUUAAGUUUCUAUGCCGGAAUGAUUCUCCCAGCAAUUCUUUUGUUGAUUAUAGGUGUUCAUAUGGUUAUAUCACCUUUUGUUGGUAUCGAAUUUCGAGAUUUCUUCAUUGCCGAUCAUUUUAGCAGCUUGUCUUAUUCUUUGGUUACUCUGCAAUUAAUUCCUUGUUUUGUAUCACAAGAAAUUUGUAACUUGCCCAUAUCAAUAACACCACUUGCUCCAAUUUUGGGUUCUUUUGGUGCUGCAAUGAGGGCUGUUCAAUGUAUAAGACGUUAUUAUGACACCAAUGCAGUAAUACAUCUUGCAAAUACGGGCAAAUAUAUUUUCGCGUUGGUAGCUAUAAACUUUAUCUUUUAUUGGAGAUAUACAGUUGCUUAUGAUGCAGAUAAUUAUAAUAAGAUCCUUAUUUCGAAAAUUCUCUUUAUUAUUGUACAAAUUAUUUCAACGAUUUAUUCUAAUAUAUGGGACCUAAAUCAAGAUUGGGCAUUAUUACAAUCUCAUAGUUCUAAUUUUUUGUUAAGAGAUGAAUUAAGUUAUAAGCAUAAAUGGAUUUACUAUAUUGCAAUGUUUAUUAACUUUGGAGAAAUGUUUAGACGUUGGCAAUGGGAUAUUUUCCGUAUUGAAAAGGAACAUGUUAUAAAUUGUCAAGAAGAACGUGCAAUCAAAGAAUUAAAGCUACCAACAAUUUUUGAUUCAACUAUCACAGAAAAAAUACAAAUUCAAAAAAGUCCAAUGUCACCACAAUUAAAUAGACUAAACUCAUGGAGGGACUUUCAACCUAAAUUAGAUAAAAAUGAAG